AGAACAUGAGGAGUUAGCAUUGAUUUGAGGCAGUGUUAGUUUAUUGCACAGGCUAUGCAAGGUAUAGGUAUAGUGUAUACAGAUCUUCUUCUGCAUGGCUGGAGAGAUGGCUCAGCAGUUAAGAGCACUGACUGCUCUUCCAGAGGACCCAGGUUCGACUCCCAGCACCCACUUGGCAGCUCACAACUGCCUGUAAACUCGUUCCAAGCGAUCUGACCCCCUCACACAGGCAUACAUGUAGGCAAUGCAUCAAUAUAUGUAAAAUUAAAAUAAAUUGAAAAAAUUUUUGCUUAACAAGAGGCAGAAACAGGGCUGGUGAGAUGACUCAGUGGGUAAGGGAGCUUUUGCUGUCAAGUUUGAUGACAUAGUUCAGUUCCUAGAGCCCCAUGGUAAGAGGUAAAAGCUAGGACCCAUUCCCAGAAGUUACAGCACCUGCAGGCGCACACACACGCACACCGUGAGUAAGCGUGUAAGCGAGAGAGAGGCAAGACCAAAUAUCGUAAGGGAUGGGCGCUUGUUUUCUGCUUAUAAUGCCAGUACUUCUGUGUUGGUCAGGGCUCGCUAGAGUAACCAAACCUAUAGAAUAAGUGUGUGUGUGUGUAACAGUAUUUGCUAGAACUGCUCACAGGCUGAGGUCCAGCCUAUGAAUGGAAGGCCCGGGAAUCCAUAGUUGUUCAGUGCACCAGGCCGGGUGUCCCAGCUGUUUUCAGUAUGUUCCAGAAUCUUGAAGAAGUAGGCUCUAAUGCCAGGGAUGGACGUGCUAGGAAGGCGAGAGCAAGCGGGCAGAGAGCAGAGCUUCCUUCUUCCCUGUCCUUAUGUAGGCUUCCAGCAGAAGGUGUGGUCCAAGUUAAAGGAGGAUCUUCCCCCUCAGGAGAUCUGGGUUAAAGUGAGUCUUCCUGCUUCAAAUGAUUGAAUUAAGGAAAAAAUCCUUCCCAGGUGUGCCCAUCCAUUUAUUUGGGUUUUAGUUGGUUCCAGAUGUGGUCAAGUUGACAACCAAGAACAGCCAGCAUCUUCUUUAAAUCAUUUCUCUUUAUUUUAAAAUUUGUAUUACGUUGAUUUAUUUGUAUGUGUCUGUUGGAGUGGGAGGACUUAUGUGCUGUGCAAACAUGAAGAUCUGAGUUCGAGUUAUAGAAAAGAAGAGGGGGCGGGGCUUGUCAUGGUAGUCCACACUUAAAAUCCCAGCGCUGGGAAGGCAGGGGUAGCGGACGCCUAGACCUUGCUGACUGGCCAGCCUAGCCUACCUGGUGAGUCCUGGCCUGUGGGAAAUCACAUCUCAAACGACAAGGUGGGUGGGGGUCCCUGAGAAACAACACUUGUGGCUGUCCUCUGGCCUCUACACACAUGUCUGAAUACUUCCAGACACAAUCUGACGGUGUGUAUCUACGCACACACCUGUUCUCAUGUACACACACACACAAACGCACCCAUGGUGGAUGGUGCCUGAGGAGGAGUGACACUUGGCAUUGCCUUUUCCUCCCCACUCCACAAACUAGUCAGGUGUUGUGGUUCACGCUCGGAACUCCAGUGUUUUAGAGGCUGAGGCAGGGGAAUUAAGAGUUUGAGACCAGCCUGAGCUACAGAGUGAAACUCUAUUUGUUGUUCUUUGUUUAUCUUUUUUAAAGAUUUAUUUUAUUAUGUAUACGGUGUUCUGUCUGCAUAUGUGCCUGCAGACCAGAGGAGGGCACCAGAUCUCAUUACAGAUGGUUGUGAGCCACCAUGUGGGUGCUGGGAAUUGAACUCAGGACCUGGAAGAACAGCCAGUGCUCUUAACCACUGGACAAUCUCUCCAGUGGUUUUGUUUGUUUGUUUGUUUGUUUUUUAACAGUUAUACAAGGAGGGAGAAAAACAGUUAUGAAGAGGAAAAGAAGAGAACUGUGUUAGUUGGGAUAUAAGACAUGCCUCAAUUAAAAAAUUACUUAUUUUCUGUGUGCGUAUGGGUAGCCAUGCCACAGCAGUUAUGUGGAAGUCUGAGGACUGCUUAUCUGUCGUACUCCUUCCCUGUGGGUUCCGGGGAUCAAAUUCAGGACUACAGGCCUGCUGGCAAGCAACUCUGCCGCUGAGCCAUCUUGUCGACCCUAUGCCUCAGUUUUUUGGGGGAGGGGUGAAACAGGAACAUUGAAAUAAUUCAGGCAUUGCUUCCUGUAGGCUGCCGCCUGAACCUGCUGGCAUUCUCAGCUCCACACACACAGGCUGAAGAAGGCAUCUCGCCUGAACAUCCUAAGACAAGAGAGCACUUUGAUGUCCCUUUUGUCAGGGACAUGUUAAGUAUCUGCUACCUCCAGCACCAGCCAGGUGCUUUGGCACAACAUAGACUCAAUAAAUGGCCACUUAGCGUACCCAUGCAAGAUGCCGUGUCUGUCCCUGGGGAGAUGGGGAGGUAUAAAAAUAGACCAAGUCUGGUCUCUCAGAGGCUCACAGUCCGGGGAUAAACAUGACUAAUUAUGUCACGCGAGGCAGUGUGUGUUAUCAAAGAAGAGGAAGUUGUUUGGACACGCAAAGGAAAGAGGAGUGAGGGGAGGGCAGGCAGGGGAGGUGCCGGAGGAAAUGAAUGUCACAAAAGAGGAGGGGCUGGAACAGCGCUGGUGCCAAGAAUCUUGCAGGCUUCCUGGGGGCUCUGGAGAGCUGACAGGGUUUUCAGCAGGAGCUCCUGGUACCUGUGUUCAGGAAGGGAAAGAGAAGGGUUAGAGCUGGGUAGUGCCUGGGAAAGACUGCUGCCCUGGAUCCCUGGAUAGACGACCCCGCCAGUGGAAAUGAAAUGGAGGCCACUUAAGAAUAAUUGGUGCUCCAGAUUCACAGGCCAACCUGUGAAUUUAUAAUAGACACAAACUUCCCCAACCUCUGUGUCUGCUGACUCAAACACUUUUUUUAAAAUAUUUAUUUAUUUAUUAUGUAUACAAUAUUCUGUGUGCAUGCCUGCAGGCCAGAAAAGGGCACCAGACCUUAUUACAGAUGGUUGUGAGCCACCAUGUGGUUGUUGGGAAUUGAACUCAGGACCUUUGGAAGAGCAGACAAUGCUCUUAAGCACUGAGCCAUCUCUCCAACCCUCAAACACAAGUUUUAAAACUGAACCACAUAACCAAAGGAUUGCUCGGUGGGCAGAGCAGUAAGGUGACAGAAAUGGGAUGGUCCAAGAGGCAUUUUCCUCAGUCCCCGGGCGCUUCUGCCCAGUUCCACGAAUGAAGCUGCUCCCCAGUGAGCUGUCACUCCCUGCAGAGACGCGCCGCUGCUUUGACUUGCGCUGGAGAGGCCUGCGUGCUUGAGUGAGAAAAGGUCAAAUUCUUCGUUUUGUGUGAUCAUGCAAGCUUGUAAUCCCAGCACCUGGAAGGUGGAGGCAGAAGGAUUCCCACAAGUUCAAGCCCAGCCUGGGCUAUAUCUUGAGACUCUAGCGUCAUCUAAAAAUAAAUAAUUUUAAAAAGAAAGGGAGAGAAUGAGGGAGGCUCGGUGAGUAAGAACACCAGCUGCUCUCACAGAGGACCCGGGUUGGAUUCCCUGAACCUACAUGAUGGCUCACAAUUGUGUAACUCCUGUUCCAGGGGAUCUGACGCCCUCUUCUAGCCUCCUCCAAUACCAAACAUAAACGAUAGUACACAUACAUACGUGCAGGACAAACGCUUGUAAGAUAAAAAAUAAGUCUUAAAAAGAGAGAGGGAACUUGGAGGCAUGAGAAUAAGGCUCAGUCCCCAACCCACAGCUAGAAAGGUGGGCAGGCCCAGAGAGCCUGGUGUGCCACUGUGGAGUGCCACUGGGCACAGUAUUUUCCUGUCCCCUUCUACACUCAGGAUCUGCCUCUUCUCUGCUCUAAGAUGGUGGUCUUGUCCCCUACUCUUUGUGUGCUCUUGUGUGCAUGUGGUGACCAGAGGUCGGCACAGGUGUCUUCCUCAUUUGCUCUUGACCUUUUUGAAGGACAAAUUCAACAGAUAUUUACUUAUGUGUGUGCAUGCAUGCCAAAUGGCACAUGUGUGGAGGGAACUCGGGAAAACAUACCGGAGUCAGUUUUCUCACGUGUGGGUCCUGGGGAUUGAACUCAGGUCCUUAGGCUUGGGACAAGCAUCUUUUACUGGGUGAGCUAUCUUGCCCGACCCAGUUUAUUUAUAUCUUAUUUUAUGUGUUGGGGGGCAUGUGGAGGUCAGAGAGCAACUUUGGUAUAUUGUCUCCUGCCACCUUUACUUGGGCUCAAGGGGCCAGACUCAAGCUGCAGGUGUGUGUAGCGGGCGUCUUUACCUGUGGAGCUGCCUUGCUGGCCUUCUUCACUUUAUUUUUUUAUUUUAAGUAUGUAUAAUGUGUUGGGGGAUGAUUCACGUGUGUGCGGGUGUGUGCAGGUGCCCAGGGAGAUGGAGGCAGUGGGUGUUUGGAAGCUGUUGUUACAGAUGUUGUUACAGAUGUGAGCCACUCAGUGUGUAUGGUGAGGACAGAGCUCAGGUCCUCCGCAAGAGCAUUACACUGUCUAUGUAUAUAUUGGUCUUGCUAUGGUGCUCUGUGUAGAUCAGGCUGGUCUUGAACUCACAAAAAUCUGCCUGCCUUUUCAUCCUAAGAGCUGGGAUUAAAGGCAUACACAACCACACCUCCUACACACAAGAGCAACAGACUGUUAACUGCUAAGCCAUCUCUCCAGGCUGAACUUUAUUUUUUAGACAAGAUCCCACAUUGAACCUGGAACUCAUUGAUUUAGCUAGCCUAGCUGGCUAGGUAUCUUUCUGUCUCUACCUCCCCAGAACCGGGUUUACAGGCCUGUGCCAAGACCUGGUUGUUUUUACAUUUGUACUGUAGAUCUGAACCCAGGUCCCCAGGCUUACAAAGCAAGUACUUUCCAUUUCCCCAGCCUCUGCUGGAUUUUUUCAUAACCACCUGUCGUAGUCUCUUGAUCUCACAAGGUUCCACAUUAUCAUGAGUGCAAGGAGUGUAGACCCAUGUUUGCAGCUCAGAGAUUCCCCAGACUGCCUGCCAGCACCCCAAUCCUCCCUCCACCCAGACUGCCUGCCAGCACCCCAAUCCUCCCUCCACCCAGACUGCCUGCCAGCACCCCAUCCUCUCUCCACCCAGACUGCCUGCCAGCACCCCAUCCUCUCUCCACCCAGACUGCCUGCCAGCACCCCAUCCCCUCUCCACCCAGCACUUGGUAUAGUUCCUCCUUUUUUAGGGUCUGCCUCCCCUCCCAGGAGCAUCUAGCCGACAUGCUCCCUUUCUUUCCUAUUGUCAUCUUUUAAACCCACCCUUGGGACUGGAGGGAUGGCUAAGUGGUUAAGAGUAUCUGAAGACUUGAGUUUGGAUCUUAGCACCCACUUGGUGGCUCAGAACCAUUCAUAACUCCAGUUCCAGGGACUCCAGCUCCCUCUGCUGACCUCUGAGUGGACAAGGCAUGAAUGUGGUGCUCAUACAUACAUGUAGCCAAAAUAGUCAUACACAUAAGAUAAAAUAAGCAAAAUUUUCAGCCUGGUCUACAAAGUGAGUUCCAGGAUAGCCAGAGUGAUACAGAGAAACCCUAUCCCAAAACCAAAAAUAGGAAUCUGGAGAAUUGGCUCAGCCGUUAAGAGCUGAGUUGGCUGACCUGCCAGAGGCCCUGAGUUCAAUCCCCAGCAACUACAUGGUGACUCACAGCCAUCCCAGAUGAGAUCUUGUGCCCUCUUUUGGCCUGCAGGAAUGCAGGCAGGCAGAACACUGUACACAUAAUAAAAUAAUCCUUUAAAAGAAAAGGAGGAGGAAGAAAACCCCAGCUUUAAGCUGUUUCCCGCCACCUGCCUGCCUGCACAGAAUGCCUCCCUCUCCCCUGGUACCCAAAGCAUCACACUGGGAGCCUCCUUCAAGUCCCAUAUAUUGUUUUCCUGUUGUUUUUUAUCAGAACAUUUGUAAGGACGUUGCGCAGAGCAGGUGGUACAAAUGAUGGUGCUGAAGAUGAGUGGUGUGGAGAGCUGGCGGUGUUAGCAGGCGCGCUUCCUGUCUGUGGAGCUGCCCCCCUCCCCGAGACCACAUCCAUCUGUCGUCCGUUCAUCCUUCCGUCCAUCCAUCCAUCACAGGCAAGAACCGAAGUUUGAGGUAGACGAGCAGGCGAGCCGUUUGCCCGGGCGCAGAGCAUGAAGGCCGGGCGGGCGCGGGGAGCGGGCGCCCGCCGCCCGGCGCGGGGGUGAGCGAGAGAGAGAGCGGAGCGCGUGUGGCCGGCGCCGCUCGGCCUGGAGCUCCCGCGCCCGCGCCCCGCGCCCCGCGCCCGCCGCCGCCGCCCCUGGUGCGAUGGCGCAGAAACCCCGUUGACAAGGCACUGCUUUUUCAUGACGUUGUCAUGGACGAUGAUGAUGACUCGUGUCUCCUCGAUCUUAUUGGAGACCCACAAGCAUUGAAUUAUUUUCUGCACGGACCUAGUAAUAAAUCAAGCAGCGAUGACCUGACGAGCGCAGGCUAUCCUGCAGCCAAUUCAAAUUCAAUUUUCGCCAACUCCACGAACGCUGACCCUAAGUCGUCCCUCAAAGGUGUAAGUGACCAGCUUGGAGAAGGGCCCAGUGAUGGACUGCCACUUUCAAGUAGCCUUCAGUUUCUUGAAGAUGAACUUGAGUCUUCUCCUCUUCCUGAUCUCGGCGAGGACCAACCCUUUGACAUUCUUCAGAAGUCCUUGCAGGAGGCGAAUAUCACUGAGCAGACACUGGCCCAAGAGGCAUACCUGGAUGCCAGCGUAGGCUCAAGCCAGCAGUUUGCACAAGCUCAGCUUCAUCCUUCUUCAUCAGCAUCCUUUACUCAGGCUUCUAACGUUUCUAAUUACUCAGGUCAGACUCUGCAGCCUAUCGGGGUGACACACGUGCCUGUGGGACCGUCAUUUGCAAGCAAUACAGUGGGCGUGCAGCAUGGCUUCAUGCAGCACGUGGGCAUCAGCGUGCCCAGCCAGCACUUGCCUAACAGCAGCCAGAUCGGCGGCUCUGGGCAAAUACAGUUGAUCGGGUCAUUUGGUAAUCAGCCUUCCAUGAUGACAAUUAAUAAUCUAGAUGGCUCGCAGAUCAUAUUAAAAGGCAGUGGGCAGCAAACCCCAAGCAAUGUGAGCGGAGGACUUCUGGUUCACAGACAGACUCCUAACGGCAACUCGUUGUUUGGGAACUCCACUUCCAGUCCGGUAGCACAGCCUGUCACCGUUCCAUUUAACAGCACAAAUUUUCAGGCAUCUUUACCUGUGCAUAACAUCAUUAUUCAAAGGGGUCUCGCACCAAAUUCAAAUAAAGUCCCAAUUAAUAUCCAGCCAAAGCCGAUCCAGAUGGGUCAGCAGAGUACGUACAAUGUGAACAGCCUGGGAAUUCAGCAGCACCAUGUCCAGCAAGGGGUCUCCUUCGCCUCUGCAAGCUCGCCCCAGGGCUCCGUGGUUGGUCCACACAUGUCUGUGAACAUUGUCAACCAACAGAACACGAGGAAGCCUGUCACCUCCCAGGCCGUGAGUAGUGCAGGGGGCAGUAUCGUCAUUCAUUCCCCCAUGGGCCAGCCUCACACCCCCCAAAGUCAGUUCCUUAUACCUACAAGCCUUUCCGUCAGCUCCAACUCGGUACACCACGUCCAGACCAUAAACGGGCAACUUCUUCAGACUCAGCCCUCGCAGCUCAUCUCUGGCCAGGUGGCCUCCGAGCAUGUCAUGUUGAAUAGGAGUUCUUCUAACAUGCUCAGGACCAACCAACCGUACUCUGGACAGAUGCUUAACAACCAGAACACCGCCGUGCAGCUGGUGUCUGGGCAGACUUUUGCCACCUCUGGCAGUCCCGUGAUCGUCAAUCAUGCGUCCCCUCAGAUGGCCGGAGGGCAGAUGCCCUUGCAGCGGUCCUCGCCAACUGUAUUGCACCUGUCCCCGGGGCAGAGCAGCGCUUCCCAAGGAAGACCCGGCUUUCCCGCCAUGCCCUCGGUGACCAGCAUGGCAGGGUCUACCCGGUUCCCUACUGUCAGCUCGGCCAGCACUGCGCAUCCCAGUCUUGGGUCCGCAGUGCAGUCUGGGACAUCAGGAUCAAACUUCACGGGAGACCAGCUGACACAACAAAACAGGACUUCGGUACCCGUCAGUGUGCCCCAUCGUCUUCCCGUUUCUUCUUCCAAACCUACCAGCACUUUCAGCAACACACCGGGAGCUCAGCCGCAGUUCUUCUGUCAGGCUCAGAAAAAGUGUUUGAACCAGACCUCCCCCAUUCCCUCGUCCAAGACCACAGAUGGCCUGAGGCCAGCGCAGAUCCCUGGGCUUUCAAGCACAGCACUGCCAGGACAGGAUUCUGGAAGCAAAAUGAUGCCAGCAUCCUUGGGGACUACACAGCCACAGCAGGAAAACUCGGUUGGAUCAUCCCCUAGCCAGACGGCUGUGCAGGUGGAUGGUCAUUCAGGACAGAAGAGGCCCGCCACCAAACAGCUGACUAAAGGAGCUUUCAUCCUCCAACAGUUGCAGAGGGACCAAGCCCAUGCCGUGACCCCUGACAAAAGCCAGUUCCAAUCACUAAGUGACACAGUGCAGAGACUGCUGUCCUACCACGUGUGCCAGGGCUCCAUGCCCACGGAGGAAGACCUGCAGAAAGUGGACAAUGAAUUUGAAGAAGUUGCCACUCAGCUCCUCAAAAGGACCCAAGCGAUGCUGAACAAAUACCGAUUCCUGCUCCUAGAAGACGCCAUGAGAAUCAACCCCUCUGCCGAGACUGUGAUGAUCGACAGGAUGUUCAACCAGGAGGAAAGAGCUUCCCUGUCUCGGGACAAGCGUCUGGCGCUCGUGGAUCCUGAGGGUUUUCAGGCCGAUUUCUGUUGUUCCUUCAAACUUGACGAGGCUGUACCUGAGACACCACUUGACAGGAGUGACCAGCAUCGCAGCAAAACCAGCUCUCUCCAUCAGGCGCCCAGGGCCCAAAGCAGAGACCGAGCCAAGCCAGGCGUGGCAGAAGCAACGAAUCAUGACCAGUUUCAUCUAGUGCCUAACCACAUCGUGGUCUCUGCUGAGGGAAACGUUUCGAAAAAGUCAGAAGGCCACGGUAGAACACUGAAAUAUGACAAAGGGGGCUUAGGCCAAUACCGGGGUGUACCAGAGGACAAGGGCAGCCGGAGGGACCCUGCCAAUGCCAGCGGGUGCUCUCCAGGCCCCGACGGCCACCGCAAGACUAUGGCCAGGCCGGAUCAUGACGCUGAGAGCAAGCUCCCUGGCAUCCUGACCAGCUCGCACCUGGAGAUGCCGUGCCUCGACUCCUUCCAGGACAAAACCCUGAGGAAUUCCCCAAAGAAUGAGGUUUUACACACAGACAUCAUGAAAGGGUCGGGUGAGCCCCAGCCGGAUCUCCAGCUCACCAAGAGCCUAGAGAAAACCUUUAAGAACAUUCUGGAGCUCAAGAAGGCGGGGCGGCCACAGAGUGACCCCGCAGCCAGCGGCGCCGUGGACCUUGACUUCCCCAGCUUUUCUCCAAUGGCUUCACAAGAAAACUGCCUGGAAAAGUUCAUGCCGGACCACAGUGAAGGCGUCGUGGAGACGGACUCCAUUUUAGAAGCAGCUGUAAAUAGUAUCCUUGAGUGUUAGUAGCAGCCGCCCUCCCCGACCCCGGACCAGUUACAUUCGCUCCCAGCAAAGCCCGUGGAAACAUCUCCUGUCUCCAGCCUGCUUGGUCCUCCGUCACAGGUUCUUCUUUCUAAUCUCCACCCUGUUCUUUUGAAGAGCAAUACACGUCGUCGUGGCUGCAGGCAGACCCUCAGUCAGCCCAUCUCUCUCUAGAACGCAGUCCGAUAGGCCCCACACAUUUCAAGUGUUCCGAAAGCCUUUAUGGCCAUUGUUGUUCGUUUGUUUCGUGGUUUGUUUGUUUUUAGCGCUGUCACUCGAGAGACCACAGUACACUUGACCCUGGGUAAAAUUUCGACAAUCAUAGGUCAUUUCAAAAGAACAGACUUAUUAAAGAAAAAUCAAACAGGACUUAUAGAAGCUACUUUUUUACAGAAUUCUCACUGCAGCUCCAAACUAGUGGUUUUGUUUUUGUUUGGGGGAAAGGGUAUUUGUGAAGGGAAGUCUGCAUGACUUUCCCCAGGGCUCAGUGCUCUCUGAGCAGUGGGUAUCCGGUUGCUCUGCCUGGAACCCCACAGCCCUGGCCCAGACGUCCAUAGCAUCUACGCAGACCGUUUGUAGGCCUGCCUUCCCUCCCGAACAGCCAAGUGUUUACGUCAUGCUGCUGCUGAAGAAGCAAAACUUUUUUUUUCUUUUUUAAUUUUAGCGUAUCCAUGUUGAAUUGUGUCUGAGAACGCUCUGUUCUUAGCCCCAGGUAUGCAGCUUGAAAGUUCACCCAAGCUCAGUAGGGAACACCGGGAACCAGUUCAAGGACAGCGGGCUAGGGAGGCUGCUGGAGCCACCAGGGUCAGUGUGCAACUUAAAAGAAUUUUGCAUUUUAUAAUCGGGUGAAGUCAACGCACCCUGUGCUUUUGAUUGUUGCUGAAUUCUGUUUUGCUUAACCUUUGUCUCCCUGCCCUCAGCAAACAGCCCAGCAGUGAGUGCUGUCACUGGAAACUGCUUUCUUUAUCAGUUUAGACUUUGGGAAGGGGACUUUAGCCUGUUUGUGCUUCCUGUUUGUGAGACCAGUAGUCAACACUGGCAUUGAUCAUUCCCAGCACCGAAAACCGAGGGAGGGCAGCAGCCAGAUGUCACCUCCAGAAAGAGGGGGACCCUCACGGGUGGCCCAUGUUUGAGUUAGCAAGCCUUCCUCUUUAUUUAUGUCCUUUCUGGGGAAGGUUGCCCAGUUUUCUCUUCUUGUGGGCCUAUCCCAGGGCACAGUGUUUCUGAUACUUCUUGCAUUCUUUACAUCAUGGUAACCAUUGCUGAGAAAGCCAGGUCAUGGUGCUCCUGCCACCACCACCCCCCCACCCACCUGUCUGACCCUCUGGGAUCUGGAGUUUGUUUGUGUUUUUGUGAAGGUUUGCUCCCUCUGUUCGUCCCCCUGGCUGUAGACAUGCGUCCAUUGGUUUCUACUUCACUAGAUCCCAGUAUGGAGUGGCCCCUACAGUCAUCAUGUUGAGCGUUUCUUUUCCAGAUUGGCCUGUAAUGGAAAGGAAGGCUUCUGAUUUUUUCUUUUCAAAUAGCAUAGCAAAAAUCUAGGCAUGUUGGCACACACCUGUAAUCCCAGCAGUCAGGUGGCUGAACCUAGAGAGUCAGGAGUUCAAGGCUAGCUUGGGCUACAUAAGUCACCCCUGUCUUAAAAUCAAAACAAAAGAAGCUGAGCAGCAGCAGACUGUAUGUCCCUUCCACCCCGCUGUCCACUACAGGAAGAAGCCCUGUGAGGCAGCCAGUCCAGCAGAGCAGUGUCCUUCUCCCAGUCCACGGCCCAGCCACUUGAAUAGGAAAAUCUGGGCUGUCUUAGAGUUACCUUUUUUCCUGAUUUGUGCCAAUAUCCAAGUUCCUGACUUCCUUCCUGUAUUAUAACACUUUAGAAAGAUGAGUUGUUUGCCAGUUAGAUUCUGUUUGGGCCACCCUGGGCUAACAGCCUGCCCUUAUCCCUCUGAUGUCACAGACUCUUCUCAUAGCCUCCUGGUUGCCUAAGUCACGAUGGCCCCUGGAUGCCUGCACAUGGCUACAAUGAAUUACAGUAAUUAUUGCAAAUCAGUGGAAUUCUUGAGACGAGCAAAGUCUCGUGUAUAUUUGUUACCUCUUUCUUCCCCCUGACCCCCAGCUUUUCUCUCUGUCAAAUCACAGGGCUUCUGAGCCCUCACAUUGUUCCCACAAUGGAAAGCCUAACGUACCAAAACGAAACUUGUAAAUUUUGUGUCCUUGUAUGUAAGUUCGCUUUCACGGAGGAAAGACUCGAGAUAAUGGCAGAUGAAGAUUAUAGAAUGUGUUUUACCCUGUGAUUAGGUUCCACCACGUGGGUCAUAGCUCGUGUACGAGCCCCCUCUGGUGAAGGCACGCACCCUGCCUCAGUGGCCAGCCCUUGGUGGUUCAGGUUCAUUAGUCAGUUGAGUCCUCGCGCUCAGUAACAAAAAUCACCUUUUCUUCCCUUUGUUUUUAAUCUGUUUGUUGUUGUGGCAAAGUAUGGAUUUGUUAUUACGCAUUGAUUUUCUGUGUCCUUAAGUACUGCCUAAAGAUGAAGCAAAAUUGGAACUGGCAAUUACGAGAAGGAAAUCCUUUAGCUCUGCAGAACUUAGUAGACUCUGUUAGGUUAGGGAGGCCUCACAGGCUGGUCGGCUCAGAGGACGGUCACUCGCUGUCAGUGUGGUGUGGGCUUUAUUUGCUUAAAUACCUUCAUUUGUAUAGUAUGUCUCACUUGAAAUUGCUUUGUAUACAUUUUGUAAAAAUAUUUAUAAAAUGUUUUGUAAAAAAAAAAGUAUAACAAAUUGCAGUUUAUUUUGUUAUGUUGGAUAAAUACUGUUAAAGCAGUCAGUACCUAUAUUGUUAAUCCAUGGUUAGGAAAUGUUCAGUUGGAGAUCACAAAAUGAAACAACCAUUGCAAUACAGCCAAAGAUUUGGGAAAAUGUGUAACUGUGAUUGUCGUGAUUUUGCUGCAACUAGGAACUGCUCCUGUUCCCAGAAGAGGGUAAGUGUUCAGUGGGAAUUCUGUGUAUGUUUAACAUGAUCGAAAAAGCCUGCGGAGAGAGGACAGGAUCUCAGCUGGUCUCUUCUCCACAGAUUAAACACACUUGGUGAGUGAA